GUCCCCUGGUUUCCAGUGCGUUAGUGCGGUGCAAGUAGUCUAUGGGUUCGUGCAGUACGAGAUGUAGUCUUUUUUUUUAAACAAACUAAACAGUUUAUCGGUUGUUAUUAUGAACAUUUUUUAAUUGAUUUUGUCUAUUUUCGUGUGACGUUGCCGAAAUUGCAUUUGCGUUUAAUGGAGAGGCGCGAAUUGGACAAUGGCAGAGGGUCCGAUGGCGGAAGCGCCAGUCAAGGAGGUUCGGAGGCAAGUUUCGGCGUUCGGAGAGGAAAAUGCAAAUGGUUUAAUGUGGCAAAGGGUUGGGGUUUUAUAACGCCGGAUGAUGGGGGACAAGACGUUUUUGUGCAUCAGAGCGUCAUACAAAUGAGCGGCUUUCGCUCAUUGGGAGACGAGGAAGAAGUAGAAUUCGAAUGCAAAAUAUCAGACAAAGGCCUAGAGGCGACCCGAGUAACGGGCCCUAACAACUCAGACUGCCAAGGAUCGCAUCGCCGUCCUGCGUCUAAAAAGCGCUUUCGUAAAAUUAGGUGUUACAAUUGCGGAGAGUUCGCCAAUCACAUAGCCGCGAAAUGCACCCUGGGGCCGCAGCCUAAGAGAUGUCAUAAUUGCAAAAGCGAGGACCAUCUAAUAGCCGACUGCCCGACACGAACGGAAAGGUCGCCGCAAAGUGGCGGAAACGAUUCCGACGAUCGUAAUGGGAACGAAACGACGGCCGCGUCGACGUCGGCGACAUCUCCGAGUGCUCCUUCUUAAACAAAUAAAGC